AUGGCGCAGAAUCCCUCAGCACCGACCUCGUCGUUGGAGCCGCCAAGUCUGCUGGUGGUGGGGGCAGGUCCAGUGGGUCUCGUCGCGGCGUGCGAGUUGCGGCGCCACGGGCUGCACGUGCGCGUCGUGGAGCGGAAUCGCGCGCCGUCGGAGCACUCCAAGGCGCUGGCGCUGCACGCGCGCACGCUCGAGAUCUUAUCCGCGCAUGACGGCGUAGUGGACGCUUUAAUCGCCGCGGGAACCAUAGUGGAGGGAAUUGAGGUCCGAACAGACGGACAAAUGGCGGCGUCGCUUGCUAUUUCAGAGAUAAACGGCGGCCCCGCCGGAGAUGACGGCGGAAGGCACGGCAGGGACCACGGCCUGGCGCGCCGCGAGGAGCAAUCCGCGGAUUGCGGGGACGACUCCAGGCCGAGCGUGUGGGCGACACGGUUCCCGUUCGUGCUGAUGGUGCCGCAGAGCGACACGGAACGGAUUGUGGCGCGCUGCCUGAAGGACGUGUAUGGGACGGACGUGGAGUGGCAGACGGAACUUGUCAGAAUCCGUCAGGACCCGAGUGCAGUGCACGUGGAGCUACGUCAUGAACGUGGGCGCACGAGGCAACCCCCCACCCCUGCCACACCAUCUCACUCCACAGCAGCAACUGCUGUAGUGACAGGCACAGAGACUGCAACCAAAGGGAUGGGGAGAGAGGAGUGGAGAACGGUGGAAGGGGGUGGGGCGGAGGGCGAGGUAGAGGCGGCAGCGUUUGACCUGGUGUGUGCAUGUGAUGGGCCGCACAGCACGUGCCGUCGCCAGCUGGGGCUCUCCUUUGACGGGCUGCAGUACCCCAUGCACGCGGUCCUUGCUGACGUGGCACUUUCCCAUUGGCCGUUCCCGAGGAACAAGGGCCACGUGUUCACUCGAGGUAAACGUGUGGUGGCACCUGGUGUGGGGGGGGGAGGGGGAGGUGUUUUAGUGGCUCUGCCGUUUGGGGUGGAUGGCUUGUGGCGGUUGAUCUUUGAUGAAGGAACGGCCAGGAUGUUUUCUCCAGCAGGGCUGAUUGACCAAACCGAGGCCCUCAGGCACAGCAAAGGGAAGGCGGCGGAGGGAGGUGGGGCAGCAGCAGGGGAAGUGGGGGAACGGGGGCUGGGAGAAAGGACAGGGAAGGGAGGAGACAAGAGUGAGACUCCAUAUGUGGAGAUCCCAGCAGGGAUGUCAUCCUCAGUAGAUGUAUCUGACACCACAGAGGUCCCUCCACCAUCAUCAGACAUCCCAUCCGCAUCAACAGCAGAAUCUGUAUCCACUGCAGGAGUCUCAUCCCCAGCACGUGCGGUCUCAGCAGUGGUAUCUGAGACGGCCCAUCAUGGCACGACCACCAUCCCUUCCGCGCCGCUUUCUUCCACUGCUCCUUCUGCUGCUUCUGCUUCUAGUCUUGCCCCUGAUGGUUCUGGUGGUGGCAGCGCUGGUACAGCACCGGCCCCUUCCCCAGUGACAGCUCAGCAGCCAGCGUUGACACCUCAGCAUUUGUCCGCCAUGCUCAACGCCAUCAUGCCAUGUGGCGCCCACGUGGACAGCAUCCAUUGGUGCAGCGUCUUCAGCAUGCACCUGCGCUCCCUGAACCGUUUCCUCCAAUCCCGCGUCUUAUUCCUAGGCGACGCAGCCCACAUACACAGCCCUGUAGGCGGCCAGGGGCUUAACACAGGAGUGCAGGAUGCUUAUAACGCAGCGUGGAAGCUGGCUCUGGUAGGAAGGGGCAUCGCAGGGUGGGAGCUAUUAAAUACGUAUGACACAGAGCGAAGGGCGGCUGUGGCGCAGGUUCUUAAAGCCACGGAUGUUGGCACUCGGGCUAUGUUCCUUCCGACCCUACUCACUUCUCUCUCUCGCUCUGCUGCUUUCUUCCUCCUCUCUCACUCUCACUCCCUCAGAGUCGCAGCAGCAGCCACUGUAGCUCAGCUGUCCCUGCAAUACCCUCCCUCCUCUCUAUUCCUACAGGAUCUCCCCUCCACUCUCUCUUCCCUCCUCUCCUCUCCUCUCUCUGCUCCCCUGCGCCUCCUGCCCCCGCCUGUUGCUGCUGUCUUAGCGCCAGCAGCAGCAGCAGCAGCGCCGGGAGCACGGGCACCAGAUGCCCUGCUGCUGCUGCUGCUGCCUCCCUCUCACUACACCCACACUUCAGUGCCACCCGCCACUCCCCACUACAGUCCCGCUCGUCACGGUCACACUGUGGCAUCACAGUCUCCCCCUCAGUCCAGUGGUGGUGGCAGCAGCAGCAGGAGGGUUGAAGGCGUAGCAGAGACACGCCAACAGCAGCAGCAGCAGCAGCAGCAGCAGCAGCAGCAGCAGCAGCAGCAGCAGAAAGCAGAGCAGUUGCAAAGGGCAGUGCAACUACAAAAAGCUUCCCAGCAAAUCGGAGGUGGCGGGUGGCAGCCGUGCUCCAUGCUCCACCUGCUCUCCUCCUGCAGCCUGGACGGAGGCACACCCUCCCACCACCUGCUGCUCUUUGCUGGCACCGGCUUAAAACCAUCUCUCCUGCGGCAGCUCAGGUUGUUUAAAGAUGAGGCUCUAGCAGCGGCAGUGGGGGGGAGAAGAGGGGCGGAGGGCGAGGAGGCUGCCUGGAAGAUUCCUGUUUCUGUGCAUUGUGUUCUGGAGGCUCGGGCGUCUGCUGAGGGGAUUGUACAGGCUUUCCGGGAGUUGAUUGGUGGCGUGGAUGGGACACGUGGCAGCGAGGGUUUGGCCAGCAGCAUCGGUGUUUUUGAGCCAUGGGGGCAUGUGAGCGUGUGUGUGGAUGCGCAUGGGUAUGCAUACAAGAGGUACCAUGGGGAUGCAUGCCCUUUUUACCUGGUGAGGCCGGAUGGGCAUGUGGCACUGAGGGCUGGGCAGUGGCAGCCGGGCAGGGCACAGGCGUACUUUGAUGGCAUCAGAGGGCGUUUGGGCAAGGCUGGAGGGGGUUAG